AUGAUUAGUGUUUUAAAUACUAUAGACACUGGCCAUGAGGAUAUGAUACAUGAUGCCGAAUUGGAUUACUAUGGGUUAAGAUUAGCAACCUGUUCAUCUGAUAACUCUGUAAAAGUUUAUGACAUCAAGAGCGGUACACAAACUCUCGCUGCUGAUUUAAAAGGACAUUUUGGCCCCGUAUGGCAAGUUGCUUGGGCACAUCCGAAAUUUGGUAAUUUGCUGGCUUCUUGUUCGUAUGAUAGAAAAGUUAUUAUUUGGAAAGAAUCUGGAGAAUGGACCAAACUUUAUGAAUACUCAGGUCACGAAAGCUCUGUGAACUCUGUCGCGUGGGCCCCAGCUGAAUACGGCUUGAUACUGGCUUGUUGUAGUUCAGAUGGUUCCAUUUCGACAAUUACUUAUAAUCAAGAUGGUGGAAAUUGGGAUGUAAAAAAAAUACCUGGGGCUCAUGCCAUUGGAGUAAAUUCAAUCAGCUGGUGUCCAUCUAUUUCUGCGGAUUUAAACCUGGAUCCUUUAACUAACAAAGAUGCACCUAAAAGGAUAGUUUCUGGUGGCUGUGAUAAUUUAAUCAAAAUUUGGAAAGAGCAAGGUGAUCAAUGGGUAGAGGAAAAUCGUCUAGAAAUGCAUAUGGACUGGGUUAGAGAUGUGGCAUGGGCUCCUUCCCUUGGACUUCAAAAAUCUAUGAUUGCUAGUUGUUCUCAGGAUAAGAGAGUUGUCAUCUGGUCUAGUGAUGACAAUGUAUCUUGGACUCCCACUAUUCUCAACACAUUUGAUGAUGUUGUUUGGAGUGUGAGCUGGUCAUUGACAGGAAACAUCUUAGCAGUAUCCGGAGGUGAUAACAAAGUUAGUUUAUGGAGAGAAAAUGCUGAUGGCCAAUGGUUAUGCAUUAGUGAAGUCGCCAAAGGUUUGGGACAAACCCCCAAUGAUGAAAGAAGCACUCUU